AAGGGUCAUGACUAGAAGGGAUCCAACGGUUGUCAAAAUAACGCCAAAAUUUAUUUUUUUGUGGCAUUUUAGCUAACCCUAACAUUUAACCUAAUUCUCCUAACCUGCUGCUUCAGUUCUAUCCUGCUACGAAGUCAAAUCUGACGUUAAUUUGAGAUAAGCAGGACCCGUUCUAGCCAUUACCCAUUACCGUUUUUUUUUAGUUCAUAGUACAUGGUCCUUUAGAGCUGGGUCAGAGCAAGCGGAUCCUGUUCUUUUAUAGAUCAAUGAUCCUGAAUCAUUCAGCACAUUAGCAAAUAUUGCCGUUAUAGCAUCAUCACCAUGAAAGUAAUGUCCUUGGGUCUUCUUAAUUCGGUGGUAGCAGCCUAAACGAUGGAUGGGGAAUCGGAGGCCAAACCUCGAGUAGAGGAGGAGAGCACAGCCCCAGAUAAGGAACCCAUGGACACAGACACCACUCCCUCAGAGCAAACUACACCCCCCACGAGAACCCAGGCUCCUGUCACCAAGGCAAUAGAGGAACCCUCCAGGGUUAUAGAGAACAAUGACGAUGAUGAUGUGGUGCUGGUGGAAGAGGCCCCGUCUCCCUCUGCGACUACCUCUUUCCAGGCUGCCUCCACCCCCACAGACUGCACUGAGCCCCACCCCUCUGAAACAGAAACCACAGCAAUGAUAAACAUGACAACAGCCACAGCCCCCGCCAAGAUCCCCAGUCCACCCGCUACCUAUUCUGCAGCACCCACAGAGCCCAUUGUCAUUGACGAUGAGGAGGAUCACGGGCACAGAGGCUUUUCCUCACUAGCCACAGCCGGAGGCCCUUCAGAUAGCGAAGGCAUACUGAGCAGCACAGAGCCCGAUUCUGAGAUAAAGAUUGCCAGUGUCACAACGCUGGGGCCCUCUGUAGCCACAGCAGCUACAGCAGCCGAGCCAAUGGCGGAAGGGGACAUGAACCUGGUGAUCACCAGUGUGACGUCACUGCAGGGCGGGGUGUGCAUGGUGGAGAAUGGCUUGCAGAUCAGCAGCACCUUCAGUCUGAAUCCUGAGGCCCAGAGCUCAAUCAGCACCAACAGGCUCCCGACCACCUUCAACCCUGGCCGGGUUAGCAACACCUCCACCACUAGCCAGCCUGUACAGAACGGAGACUCGGUGACCCACCAGACGCCUGAUUUGUGGAUCUCCCAGUCGGCCUCGUUCCCGCGAAACCAGAAACGGACGGGGGUGGACUCUACAUCACCAGCCGUAUCCCUGCCCAAACCACCCGGCCCCUCCCCCUCAGGCUCCCAGGACCCCCCUCGCACUGUCAAGGUGACCUGCGCCAAUUGUAAGAAGCCUCUGAAGAAAGGCCAGACGGCUUACCAGCGGAAAGGGUCCACACACCUUUUCUGUUCCACCACCUGCCUCUCUUCUUUCUCACACAAACCUACCCCUAAGAAGAGCUGCACCAUGUGCAAAAAGGACAUCACUACAAUGAAGGGCACUAUCGUGGCCCAGGUGGACUCCAGUGAGUCGUUCCAGGAGUUCUGCAGUACAGGCUGUCUGGGCGCCUACGAGAAUAAACAGAACACACCCAAGUCCUCCCUUAAAACUAAGUGCACUGUCUGCAGCAAGCUCACUGAGAUCCGCCAUGAGGUGAGUUUCAAGACGGUCACGCAUAAGAUCUGCAGCGAUGCCUGUUUCAACCGUUACCGCAUGGCCAACGGGCUCAUUGUGAACUGCUGUGAGCAGUGUGGUGAAUACCUGCCCAGCCGCGCCACUGCCAACCACUUCCUCAUCAUCGAUGGCAAGCAGAAACGCUUCUGCUGCCAAAACUGUAUCAGUGACUACAAGCAGGCCAACUCUAAGAUGACGAUGUGUACUGGCUGUAGGGCCAUGGUCCGGUCUAGUGAAGUAACUCACUGCAUCGGGGCCAGCGGCACAAUGGAACCAUACUGCUCCACAGCCUGCAUGAACAAGACCAAGAUCGCCAGCAGCGCUACCACUAUCCUCCAGCCCACGUGUCACUUCUGUAAGAAGACAUCGUUACCUCAGUACCAGGCAUCACUGCCUGAGGGGAAGGUCGUAAACUUUUGCAGCUCAAUGUGUGUCACCAAGUUCCAGAAUGCAACCAUUCAUACAGUAACCAAUGGACAGGCUCCCAUGUCUACAACGAACCACAACAUCCAGCUCAAAUGUAAUUACUGUCGAGGAGCAUUCAGCCUAAAGCCUGAAAUCCUGGAGUGGGAGGAUAAAGUGUACCAGUUCUGCAGUAAAAUAUGUUGUGAGGACUACAAGAAGCUGCACUGCAUAGUCACGUUCUGCGAGUACUGCCAGGAGGAGAAGACGCUCCACGAGACGGUCAAGUUCUCUGGAGUCAAGAGGCCCUUCUGCAGCGAAGGUUGUAAGCUGCUGUUCAAGCAGGACUUUGCCAACCGGCUGGGUCUGAAGUGUGUCACCUGUAACUACUGCACUCAGCUGUGUAAGAGAGGAGUGACCAGGCAGCUGGCCGGUGUUUCCAGGGACUUCUGCAGUGAAACCUGCGCCAAGAAGUUCCAUGAGUGGUACUACAAGGCAGUGCGUUGUGACUGCUGUAAGGUGCAGGGGAACCUGACUGAGUCGGUACAGUGGAGAGCAGAGAUGAAGCACUUCUGUGACCAGCAGUGUCUCCUCCGUUUCUACUGCCAGCAGAACGACCCCAAUCUGGCAACGCAGAAGGGCCCAGAGAACACCAGACUUGGAUUUGGAAUACAAACCGAGGCAACCAACAUUGCGAUGUUGAGUCAGCCGUACACCGGUGGAGGGAUCCUAAAGGAUGUGAAGAAUAAAGCUGUACUCUGCAAGCCUCUCACUAUGACCAAGGCCACCUACUGCAAACCACACAUGCAGAGCAAGCUCCUACAGACGGAUGAGGAUGACGGGGUGAAGAGGGAGUACAUUCCCGUUCCCAUCCCUGUACCUGUGUUCAUCCCCGUCCCCAUGAACCUCUACGCCCAGAUUACACCCAUGCUCAUCACACUACCCGUCCCGGUUCCAGUGCCGGUAUUCCUGCCAACCACGAUGCAGGGUGCAGAUCAGAUUGUCCAGACCAUCACCGAGCUUAAGGCCAAAGUCCCUACUGACCCCCACGAGGCUGACCUCCUCUCCAUGGCUGAGAUGAUCGCAGAGGACCAGAAGCCAGAUGUGAAGAGGGAGCGAGGAGGAGGAGAGGCCAAGUCCAGCAGCUCCAGUAGCAGCAGCUCUGAAUCGGAGGGGGAGGAUGAGAAGUAUGAACCAGACCUGGACCUGGAGAACGACUUUCCUCAAGACCCUGUCCCUGUGCUGGAGGACCUGGAUGUGGACAUGGGGUUCACCCUGCCCCCUCUCCUGGCUGAGGAGAAGGAAGUGGCACCCAGAGCCAGGAGACAGGGACACAAGAGGCGAGCUGUGGAGGGAGAACCUUCCUCCCCCUCUCCCCCUACACCAGAUGGUCCUGUGGAGGGGCGCUCGCUACCUCUGAGAUCUCGCUACGCCAUCAACGCCUGGAAAAGUUGGGCGCUGUCCUCAGCUGAACAAUCAGAACCUCCACCGGCCUGGUCGAAGAGUAACCCGCUCUCUCUGAAAGCAUCAGAACUCAGCCUGGCCCUGUCACGAUUUGUCUAUGAGGUACGGCGGCCCAACGGGGAGUGCUACGCCCCCGACAGCGUCCUCUACCUCUGCCUGGGCAUCCAGCAGCAUCUGCAGGCCAAAGGCAGGAAAGAUGACCUGUUCAGUGACCUGUGCUAUGAGCGGUUUGGAGAGGAGCUCAACAAGGUCCUCAAAGACUGGCAGCCCAGCGUGAUGCCUGAUGGCUCUCGGUGGGGCCGUGUGGAGGAGCAGUGCCUGUGGAGCUGUAAGCUGCUGGGGGAGCAGAGUCCUGCAGCAUUGCUGCGCUCCCUGGUCUAUCUCAACACCAAGUACUUUGGCCUGCGCACCGUGGAGCAGCACCUGCGCCUUUCCUUCAGAAAUGUCUAUGGCCCCGACCACACAGACCCAACCACACAGGAAACCACUGUCUGCAUCUGCAUCCCCUCCUUCUCCCCACAGGACCACCACUUACCAACAGGGUCCAGGAAGAGGAAACGUAAAGAGGACAGUAACGCGGCCUACGAGCCAGACGACGGCUCGGGAUGCUCCACACACUGUCCAGUCAAAAAGCACGAGGGCAGAUUCUACGAACUCUACCGUUCCAAGUGCCCGGGGUCGUUGAGUCAGCGUAUGGAUGUGUUCUAUAUGCAGCCAGAGUCAUCGGGCAGCAGCAGUGACGGUGACAGCUCGCUGUGGUACUCCUCUACUCCUCUGGACCGCAGUGUCCUGGAGAGCAUCCUCACCCCUCUCCUUCUGGUAAAAGACAUCUACAGAGAGCGCCAUCUAGAAGAAGAAGAGGAGGUAGGCGGAGAUUAGUCCGCUCUUCCGCCAUCACAGAGAAGAGUCCGCUUAUGCUCCAUGUUCCAUCCGCAACAACAUUACAACUGGGUUGCUGCGUUCUCUGUUAGUAAUUCCACCAUUUCACACCGAUCUCAGGCCAGCUGUGAGCAUACAGUGGAUGUCCGGUUGGAAGGGACUACACAUGCCCAGAGCUGAUCGGAGGACGGUGUUUCCCUGAAGGGCCAAGGAAGGGGACUCUGACUGCGAGUAGCUAGGGUGAUAUUGGAGUGUGUCGUGUGAAAAGCAAUUCCCCAAGAACUGUUGCACUUCCUUCCUUCCAUAGGGGAACUCCGUUCACGUGAUGUAGCAUUACUUACUAAGCCCAGAUUGGGCUGCUAUGCUGUGUAAAUAUUUCUGAAAGUUAAAAGUAGUAGAUGGGAAGAGACAGAGACAUCCACAAGAAAUGCCAACCGAGUUCCCCGCUUUGACCCCCAGAAGCCUUUUAAAGAUGAGACAUUUAUUUAUUGCGGUUGAUUGAUUGCUUCUAUUGUACGUUUGUUAUUUUUACGCCGGGAUGGGAUGUGUGUUCGAUUGUGCCCCGUGUGCCAUUUUCCUCUUCUCCAUUAAGAGCAUGAAUUAGUUGAUCAAUUAAAUCUGCUGCAGCCUGGAGCUCUCCCGUGUCCCUGUCUUUCCCUUCUCUUUGUCCUGAGGGGGGCUGUAGGGGUACUGUCUGGGGCUUCAGAGUAGUUGCAGGUACAAGUAUGAAGGCGAUGGUAUCCUGCCGAAAUACUAUUUUGUCAGUUUGAAUUCCAUUGUGUUUUGUUGUCUCAUUUAAGCUAUUUGAUGUUUAUUAUUUAGUUGAAAACGUAGCACUUGAUAAUGGGUGAUGUAUUACUCCCAGCUAAUGAGUGAUAAUCUGUUAAAACAGCAACAACUAAAACUGUUUGUUGCAACUAGGGUGGUCAGAUCUCUUUCAGGAUUAGCACAUUAUAGACCUGCCUGGUUACGUUUCCCAAAUUCACUCCAUCUCCAGGCAUCCAAGUUACAAUAGAAAGCUCUGACUUUAUCUUUUUUUUCUUUUUUUGUUUUCUUUUAUUUUCUAUCAAUAAAUUACACAAGCAAAUACCUCGUUUUUACGUUGACUUCUGAAUAGGUUUUUGUUUGUUUUAGUUUUCUUUGAAUGGCACCUGCCUUGCCUAUUGACUUCCAUGUAAUGUCUGGAGACCACGCUUCGAAGCUGAAAGGUGUUUGGAUAGAGCCUGUCAAGGAAAGGAAAAGAGUCCCGGUUGGUUCUGUGAAUGACCGGCUGGCUCUGAAGCCUAAUGUGAAUGUGCCUAUCUGUGUGUACUGAAAGUGUGUGUGUGUAACUUCACGAGAGGUUGAUGCCGUUUGUGGGCUGACAUGACAAAAUAAAUCAUUUCAUUUCUUAAUAUUUA